AUGGAUCAGCCUCACGGCCGACAGCCCUUGCAAAACGAUCUGGGCUAUAAUGCACAGCUAGAGUUCAUAAACUCGCUCACGCAUCGGCUCGAAUCGUUUCUUCCAAACGUUACUGGCUAUUCAUUAAUAGAAGUGGAAUUGAAUCCUCAGUUCAAAAUUACAAAAGAUUUAUUGAUAGACAGAACAAAGUUCGACUUGAAGGUAUAUGGCAUGGAUUACAUCUCCAUCUGCUUUAUGAAGUUGUGUAACAUCAUAGAAUCGAUCAAUAAGGAUGCUAAAGAGGUAAAAUUAAAAGAUCGAGAUGAAAAACAAUUGUCAUCCACCCUCAUUAUCCUUAAGAUUCUCCGAGAACUCAUUGAGGAAUGUUGGUUAUCCCGAACGGCAUUAUCCAACUUCAAGUCAGAUGUCAACUUGAUGAACUUUGAAAUCUUGACCAAUUUCUCCUUCUACUACCAUUUCACUCCUCCUAAGCCCAUUAACGUCAACUACAUAAAUCUCAUCAUAGACAUCCUAGGGAGCUUACUCAGUGGAGAAGUCAUCAAGCGAGUAUUAAGCAUGAUCCAGAAAAGACCAAUAGAUGGUAAGGGCUAUUAUAAUAGCCACAGUUCCAAUAGUGAUACCCCUCUGUCGGUCCAGAGUAUUGUUUCUGGUGCCUCCAAUCAGCAAAAUCCUCAAACACAAUUGGGUCAUAAUCGAGGUCCCAGCUUAAUGGAAGAUCCCGUACUCGGGUCAGAUCUGCCCAUUUACUCCAGUGAACACGAAACUGCAAAAUUAAUCCAAGAGUUGGAUUUCAACAUCGAGAUUUGUUUGAGAUUCAUUGCCACUUCCAAUCCCCUUCAGUACUAUAAUUACUUGUACAAUAAUCUUUUCAAGUUUAGCGUAUCCAAUGAGGUUGUACCGCCCUAUAAUUUACAGAAGUACGCCCCUUUGAUCAAGUACACCUUUUACUCCUUAGAGAAUGGCUACGCAAUGGCCAAUGUGAUAAAUAAGAGUUUGGAGAGUAUUAAGAAUACCACCUGGAAACAGAUUAUAUUGGUGUUCUACUCCCAUAGUGUAAGGGAUCAAGCAUUUGCAAGACCUGAAGACUAUGAUGCGAUUGUUGAAAGCAGCAGUGAAGUUGCUGCCAUUUGCAAAAGCAUAUUUGAUCAAACGUGCUCGAUAUUCGAAGAGUUCCCAUACGCUGGUAUCGCAUCGAUGGUACAAACCUGGGUUUCGAUGUUAAAUCCAAGUGAUUAUAGAGAGUAUGAAUUGAAGCCAAACAAGUUAAAAUUGAGCUUCAACAAGCGGUUAAAGUUCAUCAAUAACCUCAUCAAAAAUAGUACCAAUAGAUCCAACCUUACUUGCUUUGAUUCAUUGAUUACCUUGUACCAUUUGGCUGCAAGAUUCCCUUCCAAUAUGUCUAACCAUCCAGUUUACAUAUUCACCAUGAGCCAUCUCGAUGAAACAUACGAAGCUUUAGUGAAGGUCAAUUUGUCCACAUUCAGCAUCAAUUUGAACUCACCCAAUAGUGACUACGUCAAAAUCUGUUAUGACAACUUGAUCGUUAACUUUUUCAUUGCUGCUAUAAUGUUGAAACCAGAGAAGUACUGCAACUUAUUGUUAAACAGAUUUCAAAGUAUCAAAGACAGCUACAGAGAUGUCAGAAUUAUUGUCAAGGUAGUAAGAGGAUUGUCUGAGUACACGUUGUCAUUGAAAUCCUUUAACCAAAUUAUGACCUCAAUUUCUCCUCAGUUGAAAUCCUUAUCAUCCAACGUUUCCAGAUUGUUGAGCCAGUAUUAUGAGAAUUCUAUAUCCAUCCACACCUCAUCAUCAUCGGCUUCCGUUUACUCUGAUAAAGCCAGUGUCUCAUCUUCAACGCAAAACAAUACCCGAAAGUUGAGCUUUGACCAAGAAUUGAGUCCACACUCAAGCCGUAUUCUUGCUCAUCAUCAUUCUCACCUUCAGCAGCAGUCAGUUUCAUCACAGCAAUUGUCGAGCCACCCUCAGACUAUCAGCAGUUCCUCAUUUCAUGAUAUUAAUGUGGACGAACUAAAGUUUUCUUCUGCUUCAAUAAGUGCAGCCGCCAGCACAGGCACUUCCAAAUUGGUCGCUAAUGUGGAAGAUCUAUUGGCUGAUUUAUUUGCGAUUUUUAAAGCAUCCCCACAGCUAUUCUUCAAUGAUAUAUCCUUUAUGGAACCAGAGAUCUUUUACCAGGAUGAAGAUGCUUCAAGGGCUCGUAUUUUAAAGUUUGUUCAGGACAAUGUCGAUAGUUUGAGAGUUGGUUUACAAUCCAGGUCAAUGAAUAAUACCGACGAUAGCACAUUGUUCAGUUCCACUUGUCGGUUGAUCAUGUCUAUUGUCGAUAAACAGAGUAAUAUGACAAGUAACUUGAAUAUUGUCACCAGCUUUGCCAACUACUCCACAUGCAAACAGAUUGUUAAGUCAAUUUGUGACUCUUGCUUAUCAUUGUCAUUGACAGACGUAAAAUUUAAGUCAAACCUAAUCUUUUUGAACGAAUUCUUGGAGAUGAGAGAGGAGUUCAAUAAGAUUGUCACUAAGAGCCCCAUUGUCCAAGAUCCUAGAUCUCAUUGCGAUGAGACUGACGUUGGAAACUCUGUUGAAAGAAUCUUAUUGUUGUCAUUGUGUACACACGAUAUCCAAUUCUAUAACAUAGUGAAAGAUACCAUGAAAUGGCAUUUACUUCACGUCAAAAGAAUUAGUACUCACUUUGAGCACAACCUUGCAGAUACAUUUGAAAAAUUGGUUCAGGAUGAUUUCGUGUUUACUGGAUUUGUGUCUUUACAUAAGAGAUUCAGAAAUAUUUUGAGAGAAUCUAGACCAACUAAAGCAUUAUACCAAGUAUGGUUGAUCAUCUAUGAACGAUGGUGUGAUCUCUUAUUCAACAAGAUUGCCUCCUUGAAUGAAGAAAACUUACUUUUUCGUCAUUUCACCGGAUUUUUGGUUUCAACUUCAGGAUGUUUCCUUCUGAACGAAUUUGCUGAUGGAGAUCCCGUAUUACGUCUGAAGCUGGAGCAGAAUAUUUCAAACUUUUUCGACAGGUGUAUUAACUUGUUGACUUCUCUGGACUUAGUGAUAAGAGUCAUCAUCAAAGACGCAUUGUCCAAUGAAUCUCAUUCGGCCGUUUAUCAAUUGGUUUCAAAUAAGUUGGUGACGGUGGUCAAUAAAUUUGAAGAGAACAAGAAUAUUUAUGAAGAAAGCGUGUUAUUCACCGAGCAAACGAUUAUGAUUAUGACUUCUAUGCUCAGUAUUCCAAAUGAAGGGGCUGUGGUUUUAACUGCUCUUUUGCCAGAGAUUUGUGUCGUUCUAAUUAAAUUAAUUAACUUGGUUGAAGACCCGGUGAACCAAUUAAGGUUGAAAUUGAGAUUCUGCAAGUUGACCGUUACCAUUGAAACAAACAGAAAAAGACUCUUGUUAACAGGUGCUUACAAAAUCAGAAAUUUCUAUGCAAAGUCAACAUGUGAUUGGUUAGAACAAAGUGCUUUCUUCGAUGAAUUACCAGGUCCAGUUGGAAACCAAACUGGGUUUAAUUAUAUCAACAGCUACAAAUCAUCUAAUUCAUCUACAAAGUCCACAAAUAAAGACUCGGAGUUGGUAUAUCUCAAUGUUGAUCUAGCAACUGAAAGUUCUAAAGCGUUGGCAUUGCAAUUAGAAGACUUAUUGUUGGAUAUCCCCGAAGGAACUAGUGAAAAGGAUGUCCCCAAAUACAAGGAUUUGUCAUUUGCAAACUAUUUUUCUUUGUUUUACAGGAUCUUAACCAAGUACACUAUGAAUAAUUCUGGUAAUGUGAAGUCCAAGUACAAAAUACAGGCUAUUGUUGAUAAUGUUUUGAAGUGUAUAACCAAUAUUUUGCAGUACGAUACUGAUAUUGGUUUGCAGCUUGUGUUUCCUUUGGGCUACCAUGACAACAAAAAGAUCAGAGCAUUGUUUUUAAGUGUUUUUGCAGAAAUGUUGUAUGAACGUAAGAUAAUAAGGAAGAAGAGCAAAGAUUUUACUGAAAUUAAUUUGCUUGGAAUCGGUUCUCUUACCGAUAUUUUGACUUCUGCCAGUGUCAUUGCUUCCAACCAGAAUCACAACUUGUAUGCCUCUUCGUUGUUCGGAGUCUAUGGAUACCUCCACAAGUUGGAUGAGCUAUUUGAAAAUCUUUUAAAUGAAGAAAUCAAUAACGUCUCCAGAACAGCAGAUAUCUUUAGAAGGAACAGUACGUUGACAAAAUUGUUGGCUAAAUUAGCCAAAGAUGAUGGAAUGGAUUAUUUGACUUUGGUUUUGAAAGACUUCGUUCAAGAAUUCAAUGAUAAGGAAAUUAACUUCAACGUCGAGAAAGAGCAAGACUCCAAUUCGAACCCUGAUCUAUUCAUGAGUUACUUGAACAAUCUCGUUAGCUUAAUUUGCGAUUCAGCCGAUUCGAUGCCAAAAUCCUUCAGAUACGUUUGCUCGCAAAUCUAUAGAAAGGUUAACGCUAAGGUUCCUGAUGCUAGUUUAAUUGCAGUUGGUUCUUUUGUGUUUUUAAGAUUUUUCUGCCCUGCAGUUAUAAGUCCAGAAUCUUUCUUCGAGAUUGAUGUUAUUUGUCAUAGUAACAAAAAGUCUUUGUUACAGUUGGUAAAAGUGCUUCAAAAUAUGGCUAACAAAACAUUGUCUGUCUUGAAAUGGAAGAGUUUGAAUCAAAAAAUGGACGAGUUAAUGCAAAUCCAGCGUAAGAUUUUCAAAUUUUUGCAGGAUGUUUCUUCCUAUGAUUCUACAGAGUAUCCAUUUGAAGAAAUUACCGAAAUGCCAAUACCAGAGUUGAGAUAUGUCCACAAGUUUUUCUUCACUUAUUACAAAGAAAUUAAGCAGAAUUUUCUCUUGGGAGAAUUCUCUAGUGAUGAGCUAAAGAAGAGAGUGGAGCAGAUGACAUUAUGUGACGAUAUAUUGAGGGAAGUUGGUCAACCUAAAGCCUUGUUGACAAUUCAAGGUGGUGAUGGUGGAGGUUAUAAGAAUUUUGACCCUACCGGUACAGUGAGCAGUGAAUACACUGAGUUCAUGAACCGAAUGUCUGCGAAAUAUGCUGAUAAGGCCAUUGAUGUUUCCUUGAUUCACAAUGCCAUAUUUCAUGAUGGUACUCCUGUAGUGGUGGUGAACUUAAAAACUUUGACGUUGGUUGACUUCGAUGUAAAUUUAUUAGUUUACAAGUUGUUUGAAACUGCCAGUCAAGUAUGGGAUAACAAAUUCUAUUUUGUGUUUGACUUCACCCAAUUCUCGACUGAAAUGCACGUGUUGGUGACCUAUGCGACGUUGUUGAAUACUUAUGGGCCUAGCCAGUUAUUCAAAAACUGUACCCGGAUCUAUUAUUUCAACCUCCCUAUCAAGAAUGUUGGCACUUUCUUCAACCUAGUUAAACCUUCAAAUGUUGAGGACAAGGAAGCAAGAGCAAGAUUCUAUACUUACUCCCAUUGCGAUUCAAAUGAUAUCAUUUCCAGUUUAUGCCUCAGUGAAGACACCAUGGCAAUAACAAGGGAUAAAAAGGUGGAGUUCCUUAACUGUAAAGUAUUAGACUCAACCACUCAAAGUUUUUAUUCUGCCACAAUCAAAAUUGGAAGACUGUUUUUCUUGAUCUGUUCGGACGAAUUUAUUGCAACAAACCAUGAACUCUGUGCUACAAAAGGUUUCAGGCCGGUCGACAUAUACAGCUUGAGUGAUAUCACAAGAUGUGAAAUUACCAAAUCCAGCGGUGCUACGGACGAGUUCACUAUCUACUUCAAUAGCGGACAGAGUGUUAUCGUGAGAUCACACGAAAGACUGGAAAUCUUAAGAUUCAUGUAUUUCACUACUUCCAGAUUACCCAAACCUUAUAUCGAUGAAGAAGAUAGAAACUUCCAGGGGGACGUUUCUAACUUGUGGUUUGGCAGAUUGUUUAAUAUUGUAUUCCAGAGUCUAUUAUGUGAGGAUGAUGAAGUCAGAUCAUCUGCCUCUUAUUUGUUUGCUUCGGUAGGCAACUAUUUCGAGAUUGAAUACAGUAUUUCAAAAAAUCAUGCCAAAGACAUUGCAUAUCCUGCCAACACCACUGAUUUCAUUGUUGCUGUAUCCAAAUACUUGUCACGUAAGUUCCCAGAAAUGUCUUACAGAUUUUUCAGAUCAUUCUUUGACUGUUACGAUAAGCUUCCUAGCCGUCAUAGAAUCAAUGCUAUUCUAUAUUUAUCUCCAUGGCUUGAUAAUAUUUGUGACUACAUUUACUUGAAAGAUGAACAAAGUGGACCUGACAGAGUGGCUGGUAUUAUCAGACAAGUGUGCCUGAUUUCUGCUUUAAACAAGGAUACUAUUUCAGCGAUCAAUGAUUACAUUUGGAAGAAGUUAUUUGCUGAGUCUAUUUUAACACCAUUGUUAUUGGACGAGAUUGUCACCUUCACUAUGGACAAUAGAAAUGAUGAUCCUGAUUGGUCAUUCAUUAUAUCAGUGUUGUCCCCUAGUGUUGAGCUUUGCGGAGAAACCAUCACAAGAUUAAUCACUUGUAUCAAUGAGGCUACAAAUAAUGAUUCAGAAAUAGCCGCAGAAAGCAAAUUGUUUGAAAUAAUGAUAUUAGUGAAGAUAUGUGCUUCACUUUUCUUCGAUUCCUAUAUUUUUGCUCAAUUGUACUUGGCAGAUGUAUUCUUCAUCUGUUCUUUGUUCAUUGACAAUCCUUCUUUGGAAUUUGGAGGUGACUUGCAAAAAUUGGUUAUCAACACCAUUCAAUCUUUCUUCAACAAACCUGACUUGACUGAAAUAGAAGAAAAGACUGUUGAAGAAACAUUAGCAUAUUUCAGUGGCCAAAGGGCAAAGAUGUUGUUUGGUUUAACGAGAGAGAAAACUACAGCCACCUCGGACAUCAACCAAUUAUACAAUAGAGCAGCCAGUUUUGAGACUUUAUGUGACUAUUUGAACGAGUUCAUAACUGUAUUGGGCUCAGCAGAUGACAGGUCGGGUUGGCGAUCUCGCUGGUGUUCUUAUGCCAUGGAUGUCGCCUUCUCCAAUUCCUCAUUAUUUCAAUUUAGAGCUAUUUUGGUGGUAGGUAUUCUUUCCAAGUCUGGUAUUAGUGACCAUACUGCUACAAACAUGUUGAAGUUAAUGAGCAGGACCUCUUUCAAUAAUACCUUGGAAUCUAUGACAAACGUUCUUAUGAGUGCCGCCAAGAUCUUCAAAGGAUUGUCAAAAGAUUCGGUUUUCCCCUCCAUAAUCAUAUGGCCUGAAUUAUAUUUGGGCAUGUUGAACUAUUCUUCAUUAUACCAAGUAAGUAUUCAAUGUUUAUUGAACACCUUGUUGAAGAAUUACGAACAAGGACCAGGUUUUGUUGACCGUGUUUUUGAACAAAGAAAGCACUUGGAAAGCUUUAUCGAAUCUUUUGAGAAAUCCCAUGGUUUCCACAUCGAUAAGAAGAAUAUAUUGUGUUAUGUGUUUUUCAUUUUCACACAGGGAUUGAAAUUAAGUCACAUUAAACAUACGUCUUUGACUUGUAUGAAACAAGUCUUCAAGGAGCGAUAUGUUAUUGAAGCAAAAGACGAAUACGAAGUGCCCAGUGGCUCAUUGCCAUACUUACUUUUCAUUUGGUUGUCUACUAAUGAGUCCAGUUUCAGUGAAUAUAUUGCCACAACGGAGUACCAACCAUCUGAAUGGUUAAUUAUUCACAAUUUGAACGCCCCAAAGGUUAUAAUUGAUUAUUUGUUGUCAGAUCAAGUUUACCCAACAUUGGCGUUGUACCAAGCUGCUUAUAUCUAUGCCACUACAACUGUUGAUUCUGGUUUCAAAACCAGAUUUCUCAUUUUGUUGAACCAAAUCUUCAGCAUUAACCCACGUAAAGGACAGAUGAUUUUCCACAUUAUUAAAUCAGAGCUUGCUCUGACCAUGAUAAAUAGCAAUUCCACGGAUACAGUGAUAGUGGUAUCUGAAAUCAUGACCCAAAUCAUGCUGGACCCUACAUAUUCAUUGGAGGAGCAUUCCAAUGCUACAGACGAGUUCUUGAAGGAAAAUGGAAUGAUGAUCAUGAAGAGCUAUCGAUUCCGUAAACUUUCAGAUCUUUUAGCAUCUGACGAAACUGCAAAAGAAAAGAUUGAACGAGACAAUGAAAGACUACAAGAGAUGAUUUAUAGAAGCGCUUCAUCUUACGUUGAAAACGAAAAACUCGAAGAUUAA